UAUCAUUCGCCUUUGGCGAUUCGCAUCGUGUUGGUCGUGUUCACGUUAUCGUAGCAGUUUGUCGCACUACACGUAAUCGAACCGAUUAAAAUCGCCAUCAUGUCAAUUCCGAACAGCGAUCAUGAAAAGAGAAAGCAGAUUUCGGUGCGUGGCAUCGUUGACGUUGAGAACGUUGGGAACUUCAAGAAGACCUUUAAUAGGCAUCUUCACUACACCCUAGUGAAGGAUCGUAAUGUCGCCACAAGUCGCGAUUAUUUCUUCGCCUUGGCCCACAGUGUCAAGGACAAUCUCGUAUCACGAUGGAUUCGCACUCAGCAGCAUUAUUACGAGAAAGAUCCUAAGAGAGUAUAUUAUUUAUCUUUGGAAUAUUAUAUGGGAAGAUCGCUGCAAAACACAAUGAUCAAUUUAGGGAUACAAGGAGCAUGCGACGAAGCUAUGUAUCAGAUGGGUUUGGAUAUAGAAGAAUUGGAAGAACUUGAAGAAGAUGCCGGACUCGGUAAUGGAGGACUAGGUCGUCUAGCUGCCUGCUUUUUAGAUAGUAUGGCUACAUUAGGUUUAGCCGCUUAUGGAUACGGUAUACGUUAUGAAUAUGGUAUAUUCGCACAGAAAAUAAAAAACGGUGAGCAAAUAGAGGAGCCCGACGAUUGGCUUAGAUAUGGUAAUCCUUGGGAAAAAGCUCGGCCAGAAUUUAUGUUGCCGGUAAACUUUUAUGGCCAUGUGAUUGACACUUCAGAGGGCAAAAAGUGGGUGAAUACGCAGGUUAUUUUUGCCAUGCCGUAUGAUAGUCCAAUUCCUGGCUACAAAAAUAAUGUUGUUAACACAUUGAGGCUGUGGUCCGCAAAAUCGCCUACAGAAUUUAAUUUGAAGUUUUUUAACGAUGGUGACUAUAUACAGGCGGUGAUUGAUCGUAAUCUGGCAGAAAAUAUUUCCAGAGUUCUUUAUCCCAACGAUAAUUUCUUUGAAGGCAAAGAACUCAGAUUGAAACAGGAAUACUUUAUGGUAGCUGCUACUCUGCAAGACAUCAUCCGAAGAUAUAAAGCUAGCAAAUUCGGCUCAAGGGAGCAUCAUAGAACUGAUUUUAAAGCUUUCCCUGAUAAAGUAGCUAUUCAACUCAACGAUACACAUCCGUCUCUAGCUAUUCCCGAGCUAAUGAGAAUCCUUAUCGAUGUUGAAAGACUCUCUUGGGAGGAGGCUUGGGAUAUUACGACACGUACAUGCGCCUAUACAAAUCAUACGGUUCUUCCCGAAGCAUUAGAAAGAUGGCCCACCCAUAUGUUGGAGAGUAUUCUUCCAAGGCAUUUGCAGAUCAUUUAUGAGAUAAAUCAUUUGCAUCUUCAAAAUGUCGCAGCUAAAUGGCCUGGCAAUAUGGAUCGUAUUCGUCAAAUGUCCUUGAUAGAAGAGGAAGGUGAAAAGAGAGUCAAUAUGGCUCAUCUGUCAAUCGUUGGUAGUCAUGCCAUAAACGGAGUUGCUCGUAUUCAUUCAGAAAUUCUCAAAGACAGUGUCUUCCGAGACUUUUACGAACUGACACCAGAGAAAUUUCAAAACAAGACAAACGGUAUCACGCCGAGAAGAUGGCUGUUACUUUGUAAUCCAAAUCUAUCCGAUAUAAUUGAAGAAAAAAUCGGUAGCGAAUGGACAGUUCAUUUAGAACAAUUGCAGCAAUUGAAGAAGUGGGCGAAGGAUCCGGUAUUUCAACGUAACAUUGUUAAAGUCAAACAGGAAAAUAAAUUGCGACUAGCUCAAACAUUAGAGAAAGAAUAUGGCGUUCGGGUUAAUCCGGCAUCUAUCUUUGAUAUCCAGGUGAAGCGUAUACACGAGUACAAACGACAAUUAUUGAAUUGUCUACAUGUUAUCACUUUAUACAAUCGAAUAAAAAAAGAUCCGUCUGCUCAUUUUGUUCCGAGAACUGUGAUGAUAGGUGGUAAGGCAGCACCAGGUUAUCAUUUGGCGAAGAAGAUCAUUAAACUCAUCUGCAGCGUUGCUAAUGUUAUUAAUAAUGAUCCGAUCGUCGGCGAUAAGCUCAAAUUAAUCUUCCUUGAAAAUUAUCGCGUGACUCUGGCCGAAAAGAUCAUACCAGCCGCGGAUUUGAGCGAGCAAAUUUCGACUGCUGGCACCGAGGCGUCUGGCACUGGCAAUAUGAAAUUUAUGCUAAACGGCGCAUUGACCAUUGGUACUUUAGAUGGAGCAAAUGUAGAAAUGGCAGAAGAGAUGGGUAAUGAAAACAUUUUCAUUUUUGGUAUGACAGUGAUGGAAGUAGAGGCUCUACAAAAAAAAGGCUAUAAUGCGUACGAUUAUUACAAUAAAUUACCGGAAGCUAAACAGUGUAUCGAUCAAAUCCAAGGAGGAUUUUUCAGUCCAAAUAACCCUGAUGAAUUCCGAGAUAUCGCUGAUGUAUUGCUUAAGUGGGAUAGAUUCCUACUCUUGGCUGAUUAUGAAAGCUAUAUAAACAUGCAGGAUCGUGUUAGCAAAGUCUAUCAGGACGAGAACAAGUGGGUAGAAAUGGCUAUCCAUAACAUAGCAUCGUCGGGAAAAUUCUCAUCAGAUCGUACAAUAGCGGAGUACGCGCGCGAGAUUUGGGGUGUUGAACCGAACUGGCAGAAACUCCCGGAUCCACACGACCCUCGUGAUAUUUAAAUAAAUUCGCCACUAUUUUUUCAUAAAGUAUCUCGAUAGUGUUUGUCUUCUUUCAUAACUAAUAAUAUCCUCCUGUCAUAAACGAUAAUGUUUAGGACAUUAAUGCCAAAAUAAUUAUAAUUGCACAAAAUAAUAGGAAUUAUUAUUUGCAAGUAUACAGAAUGUUCCAAAAUUCGCGAAUUAUAAAUUCGCAAAAUACCACAGUGAGAAAGUCUUCAAAAAAUUAAAAAAGAUUAUUUGUAAAUUUUUAUUUUAAGCAAUAGUUUGUGAAAUAGUUAUAAUUCACAUAAGAUCAAUUACGGGCUGUUUAUACGUUGAAAUGUGCGCUAUUAAUACUACCGUAUGAUUCAGAUAGAUGAUUGUCGAAAUAUAAUCUGUAAGUGGCUAUAUUUAAAGUUUAAAUAUAUAAAUAAAGUGUUUAAAUUUAUACUUUUGCAAAAAAUUAUUGCUUUAAAUAAAAAUAUAUACAAUCUUUUUACUUAAUUUUUUGAACACUUGUGAUAUUUUGAUUCGCGAAUUUCAGAAUACCCUGUAUAUCGCGAUAAUUUCUUACAAUGUACUAUGAAUAUUUACAGAAAUAAGGGCUUUUUAAAUGUUGCCCAAAAUGGCACAGAUAUUGCUAGAAUCUUUUUAUGUUCACCUUUUUUGUGAUGAAACUAUAUAUAGUGCAGUACUCUAGUUACUAGAGCAGAACUGGGUGAUGUCUGCACAUUUCGACUAAUUUUCAGUUUGGCUCCCGCCCUUAUCUCAUUAAUCAGCACGUAGUCUAAAUGCCAAUUGGCAUUCAACCAAAUUGAAAAUCGGCCGAAAUGUACAGAUAUAACCUAGCUAUAUUAGAGCACUAUUCUCUUUUUUGUAUAUAGAAUUCAAAGAGAAUGAUUUUAUCGCAUGAUAAUGAUAUCAUCUGUAAAUUAAGAGUACGUUCCGUUUUGGGCUUACAGCGCUUAUAAGCUUCAUUUGUCCUUGUUUAAUGUUUGAUAGAUAACAAGCAUGAACUGAGCACGCCUAAAGCGUGUAAACAGAACGCACCUAACAUAACAUCUGUUCAAAAUUAUCAUACACAUCGACGAGUAUAAAAUUUAUGAAUUAAAAUUGAAGAUUGGAUGAUUCUGAAUUACAUGGCACACAAAUUCUAGAUAUAAAUAAAUUUAAAUUAAAUUUAGAUUAAAUUUUUAUUGACAGAUUGAGAACUAUUAUAUAUCUACCUACACAGAACAUAAUAUAUUAGAUAUCUCCUAUGGAUAUUAGGGAUAUCCAUGAGUUCCUAAUCAACAGCCAUUAGAUAUAGAUCUACGUACAAAUGUCCCAUUUGAUAUCUUGAAUAUCCGUAGAAUAUCUAAUUUUAAGUAUCUACGUUAUAUUCAAUGGAUAUUUAUAUAAACAUUUUUUUAUACCUCUAGCAACACAUUCUAUAUGCUAUUAUAUGUAUCCAGAUGUCUACUAGUAGUUAUCCAUAUGGACAUGUGAAUAUUCACUAGAUAUCUAUUAUAUAUUUUGUUCUAUGUAAGUAGUUCUUUUCAUAUGAACGAAGAUAGAUGAAAAGACUCAAUGAUUCCUAUUAAUGAAAGGAUUAGAAAAGUGCAUGGUAUACUGACGCUAUAAACUUUCCUGUAACAUCGUGCGGUUAUAUGAGUAUAUUUAUUUCAGAUAUCGAAUCAUUCUGAUCGUGUUUAAUAUAUUUCUUAUUGUAUAUGAUUCAUUCAAAAGGCAAUUGAUAAAAAUGCCUUUUCAAGAGUAACAGAUUCUUAAUCUUGAUACGCGAAAAUGUUCGAUAAAACACAAAAAA